UGUACAUGACUACAGUCUAACACACAGAACACACAGGAACUCUGGACCAGCAUUGCAGAUAUAACCUUAAACAGCUGCGCUCCUGAAUCUUCAGCUAUGACAAGGAACACGGUUCUCCUUCUUCUAAUCUCAGGGUUCUGCUCUCUGCCCCUUGAGAAUCUCUGCCUCCCUCAUGAGUAUCACUUUGUGAAUGUCGCGAAGAACUGGACUGAAGCCCAAAGUUACUGCAGAGAGAAAUACACAGAUUUGGCUACCGUGGGCAACCAAGAUGAAAUGAACACGGUAAUUAACAACGUGAGCAGUGUUUAUACUGGAGUCAUCUGGAUUGGCCUUUAUAAUGAUGCAAACAGCUGGCGGUGGUCCCUCGCAGACACUGGUUACUACGAUUCUGGGGAAACCAAAUACAGGAACUGGGAGGAUCUAGAACCAAACAAUUACCUUGGAGAUGAGACCUGCGUGGAGAUGCUCACCAGUGGGAGAUGGAACGAUCUUCUCUGUAAAGUGACAAGGCCUUUUGUUUGUUCUUAUGGGAGAAAUGUGACUAAUCAGAGAUAUAUUUUCAUUAAUCAAUACACGACAUGGAGUCAAGCUCAGGCUUACUGCAGAAUUCAUUACACAGACCUGGUGCUUGUGAGGAACCAGGAUGAAAAUGAAGAAAUACGUGAGCUAGUACAGGGACGACGGGUCUGGAUCGGUCUCUUCAGAGACUCCUGGAAGUGGUCAGAUCAGGGGAACUCGUCAUUCCGCUACUGGAAACAGACUCAACCUGAUAACUUCUACACCAACGAGUUCUGUGCCGUGGCGACUCUGACAAGAACAAGCAAUGGGACAUGGAGUGACAGGUCAUGUGAUCAAAAUCACCCAUUCCUCUGUUCUGGUGCACCGAAAAGCACUAUUGCUCCUCCGACCACAAACACAACUACUAAACGUACAACUUCAGUGCUUUCAACCACAAUGCAAAUAUCUACCGCGGUAUCAACCACUAAUCUGUCACCUGCCGUGAGCACAAAAACACAAUCGGCUCAUCAGCCCACACCACAAAAUCUGAUAAGCAAAGGGACACAUCUCCCAUGUGGCACAGGGGUGUGUUUCUGUGUCUAUUCCAUCUUCCUCUCAAUAUUCUUCCUUCUGUAGUGUGCCUAUAGAUAUGGAAAAGACCUGUUUAGAGUGACCUUGUGGCAAACUGGCAUCCCAUCCAGAGUGUGUCCCCUCCCCCUUCAGCCUUGUGCCCCGUGUUGCCGGGU